CUUUAUGAAAGUAAAUAGACUCUUCCAUGUCAUUUUAUUAUCGUUAAACAUCAGUUUACAAAUAUUUUUAAUUAUCAAUUUUUUUAUUUGCUUUUUUUAUGUCUCUUGGUUCAGUGGUUCGUGCACGACGUUUAAGCAUCGCUGGUAGUUAUGAUGAUGCUGAGAAAACUGGAAAAAAGCGGCUUAUUAGAAGCAGAAGUUCAACUAAUGGAAACCUUGAAACCCAGUUGGAUCCAGUUAUCAAACGCCAUGGACGUAAACAUCGACAUUCUUCUGAGAACCGAUGUAUGUCAAAAAUUAAAUCUAUAUCUAAUGAUAUUCAAGAAUCUAAUGAUUACAGCAUAUCUUCGCCAAAACAUAAACAUCGACGGUGUAAAUCUACAAAAGAAGUGAGGUUUGAGGACGAGUUAAUAAAAGCAGAUUCAUUAUCAAAAUUAGAAUUUAUGCAAAAACGCAUGGACAGAAUGGAGAGUCAGUUAGUGAAGUACAAGAGUAAGUGCAGUAAAAUGGAGCAAAAUUACAGAGAAAUUCAGGAAAGAAAUUUACAAUUAGAAGAAUUAUGUAAACAACGAGAUUCUGAAUAUAAGGAGUUACAUUCACAUUAUGGAGAAUUAUUAAAACAUAUGGAAGUUGUAGAACAGGAGAAAAUUAAUAGUCAAAGUACAAUGAACAAGAUAUCAGCUGAAAAUACACAGUUGAAUGAAGAUGUAAAUUUACUAAAAAUAUUAGUAUACAAAUUAAAUGUUGAAUUAGAACGUUAUCAAGAUAAGCUUCGAUUGUUGAAUAAAAAAAAUGAAAAAGGAGGUAUUUUAAAUGAAGUCAAUGAAGUGAAAGAAGAAGUAGAUUUAUCAACAGAGCAUAAAAAAAUUUUUAAAUCCUGGGGUAGAGUAAAUACUCAUGCUUUAAGUCCAUUGUUAGAAGCUUAUAAAGAAAAUAUUGAAGAAAAAGAUACACUUAUAAAACAGUUUAAGCAAGAUAUUGAUCAUAUAAAUGGAAAAUGCAAAGAAAUAAUUGCAGAAAAUGAAGAAUUACGUAAAGAUUUAGAUUAUUAUAAAGCUCAGACAGAAAAAUUGGAAAAUGAAAUAAAAACAUUGUUGGAUGACGUAUCGCUCAUAAAAGAAGAAAAUGAUAUCUUAACUAAACAAGCAACUUUACAGAAACAGAAGCUUCAUGAAAUCCACUCGAUUUAUGAAAAGAAAGUAGAAUCAAUGUCACAAGAUAACAAUAAACUACAUACAGACUAUAUAAAUUGUCGAACCGAGUUGAGCAAUCUUCAAGGCAAAUAUGAAAUUUUAAAUGAAGGUUACGAAAAAUUGAAGAGAAAUAGUGAACGUACUAUGCCUGUAUCUGUUCAUUCAGAUGCCAUCGAAGAGUGUAAAAGAUUAUUUGAAGAGCUAAAAAUCCAGUAUGAAACAGAAAAGAAAAAAUUAUUGACUCAAUUGAAACGUUUGGAAGAAAUAAAUCCAGAGAAUGAGAAGCUUAUUGCUUCUUUAACUACUGAAAGGGACCACUUAAGAUAUCUGACAAAAAAUCUGGAAAAAAAUUUAAAACAAACACAACAUAAAUUGAAGAGUAGUCAGAAUGCUUUGCUUUCAGUUAAAUCAUUUAGAGAUUCUUUUAAAAGGCAGUUAGCGGAGACGAAGGCUUAUUGCCAAGAAUUAGUAGCACAUCAAGAGAAGCUAGAAGCAGAAAAACAGGAAUUAUUAGCAUUAUUUCACAAAAAAUCUAAAGAAAAUGAAAAUAUUCAAUAUUUAGGUGAUAAUAUUGUACAAAGAAUGGGAGCUCUGAAAGACCAGUUAAAAAGUGUUCAAAAAGGAGCAAAAGAACAAUUAGAGAGUGUCGAGAAACAUAUCAAAACUCAAGAAAUUAGUGUAGAGCAAAUGAAGUCUGAUUACCAGAAAGAACUGCAAAGAUUGAAAGUACUGUUAAAAGAAAAAGAAGGGGUAAUUGGUAGGCUCCAAAGGGAGAAAUAUGUUGCCCAAGAUAAUUUGGAGCUUGUUUGGAAAGCUGCGUCUAAUGAAGAUCAAAAGGUGAAGAAAGUUUUAAAAAAUACAAAAAUUUAUAAUGUUUAAUCUGCAUAAGUAAAAGGUUGCCCUGAUGGUCUCCAACUUGUCCGAGAUUUGUCUUCAAUUUCCCAAUGUACUUGGGAGUCUACUGCUUACUGGAGGAUUUAUUUAUUCAGUAUUAAUAUAUCUACAUAGAUACCUAGUCACAAAUGUUAGUCUUCUUUAAAUGAAUGAGAUGAAUGAUAAAAAUAUUAAAUUGAUUCAAUCUA